AUGGAUGCCGAAACUCAUCCCCCGGAGAAGAGCCAGCUGCCGGUUUCGGAAAGCGAGAGAACGGCUGCGGAGACGGCUGUCGGUGAUAUCAUCUCCCCGGCGCGCUCUCGAUGGCAGCAUCUGAAGCAUUAUUUCACGAGCUGGGAGGGUUGGGUUGGGGACUACGAUUACAUGUACUUGAUCACCCCGAAUCUCUGGCCGCUGAAUAAGAAAUACAAAGGCUUCGAAACGCCAUUCUACGGCCGCAACGAUGAGGUCCCUAUCUUCUUGACCCUGAUCCUAGGCUUGCAGCAUGCCUUGACUAUGAUCGGGUCGAUCGUUUCCCCUCCGCUCGCAAUCGCCAGUGGUGCCUUCUACCUUUCCUCGGACCAAAUGCAGUAUCUCGUCUCGGCCGCAUUUAUUACAUCGGGAAUAGCCACGGCUAUGCAAGUCACCCGUAUCCACAUCCCUAAAACCCCAUUGUAUAUCGGGACGGGGCUAUUAUCCGUCGUUGCUCCAACGUUCGAUGUUCUCGCCAUCGCAUUCAACUAUACCGGCAUGCGGUACGCAAACGGGACAUGCCCCGUUGAUUCUCACGGCUCCAAAUUGCCCUGUCCGGAGGCUUGGGGUGCAAUGCUAGGGACCAUUCUGUGCACGGUCUGGGUGCAGAUCCUCAUGUCCCUUGUUCCCCCGAAGGUUUUGAAUCGGAUCUUUCCCAAAGUGGUCACGGGGAGUCUGCUCGUGCUGGUAGGGGUAUAUCUGAUCUCGAACGGCAUGCAGAACUGGGGAGGCAGUUCCAAUUGCAACGGCGGCUCGGGAUAUUAUGCUCUGUGUCCGAGUGUUGCGGCUCCAAAACCAUUGCCAUGGGGCGAUCCUAAACUUAUCGGCCUGGGAUUUAGUGUGUUCGUCGCCAUCAUCAUCGUGGAGAUGUUCGGGUCCCCCCUCAUGAGAUCUGCGUCCGUCAUCCUGGGACUGGCGGUUGGCUGUGCCAUCUCCGGAGCGACCGGAUAUUGGUCUCGCGAGAAUAUCGAUGCAGCUCCUGUUGGGACAUUUCUGUGGGUUCAUACCUUCAAGCUGUCUGUGGACAGAGCCCUGGUGCUCCCGCUUCUGAUCAUGUUUGUCUGUGAAGCUGUUAGCUGCAUGCCCGAUAUUCUGGCCACAGCAGAGAUCUCCGGCGUGGAAAUAGAGGGCACGGAAUUCAACAGCCGUAUUCAGGGGGGGAUCCUAUGCGACGGGCUAGGGAGUCUGUUCAGCGCCCUGGGUACCGGGUUACCCAUGGUGAGCCAGGCGGGAAAUAAUGGUGUCAUCUCGCUGACUGGCUGCGCGAGCCGAAGGGCUGGAUGGUGCGCUUCCGCGUUUCUCGUUCUCAUGGGAAUUUUCGGUAAAUUCGGCGCGGUGUUCGGUUCCAUGCCCCCGUCGGUUCUCGGUGGCAUGCAAGUAUUUCUAUACAGCACCAUUGCUGUUGCUGGAAUACGAGUUCUAGGCCUGGUGCAAUUCACGAGACGCAACCGGUUUAUCUUGACGGCAGCCCUGGGCAUCGGCUUCAUCAAUAUCGUCUCCCCGACCUGGUUCAGCAAGGUGCUUGAUUACAGCGGAUCCAACGUGUCGCUGGAGGGCUUCGAGCAGGGAAUAAACCUCAUCGUGGAGACCCCUUUCAUCAUCGCAGCCGUGGUCGGAGUCUUUCUCAAUCUCGUGCUGCCGGACGAAGAGGGUAGGAAGAACGGCGGAACUAACAACCAAGAGGGACUAUUAGUUUAUUCACGAGCAGCCGGUUGAGUAGAUUGAUGAUGUUCUAGAACCGAUAAAUGCUGGCAACCUGUAUAAUAAGAGUUAUCUGGCUUUCUUUCUUGGUAAAU